AUGUCGGACAACAAGUCCUCUUUUCACCCGGCUCUUGCCGUCUCAAAUAUCAAAAACCACGUUCCCAUUAUGCUUGAAAUGGAAAACGUUCAAUACUCUACGUGGGCAGAACUUUUCAAGAUUCACGCACGAUCUCACAAGGUUCUUAAUCAUAUCAUUCCUCUGAAAGCCAGUCAGAGGACGAUUCCUUCUACUGAUGCAGAAAAGGAACUAUGGUCAACCUUGGAUGCCACAGUUCUUUCGUGGAUUUAUUCUACCAUUUCUAACGACUUAUUGCACACCAUUAUCGAGCCCGAUUCAACGGCUAUGGAAGCUUGGGAUAGAUUGCGUGAUAUAUUCUAA